AUGUUGCGCUCAAUCUCAAGGACAACCUUCAGCAUGGCCGUCUCGGCCCAAAAGCAGACUGCCGUCCGAGCCUUGUCGGCCUCGGCCAUCUCGAACGACAGAGCCCGUUCCAAGGCCUUUGGCGCUAUCCGGAGCAGCGGAAACUCCAGGGACAUGAUGGAUAUCACCAACCUCGAGGACUUUCAGUUCGACGACUCUUCCACGAUUGGUUACGACAGGAUGGAGGCUCAGCGUGAGGUCAGAAAGUACCUCCGCAUCACCAAGUAUGAACUCCCCAAGUUGAAGGCAUUUGUGAAGCCAUUCCAGGCACCUACCAACACCCAGAUCCUCCGCUUCCGCACGACGACAUACCUCGGAGAGUCGAACCACCCAGCAGGACCCAAGGUGGUCAUGACGGUCGACACCAAAUCAUUACCGCUCACCAACGUCGAAUUGCAUAAGUUCUUACUCCUGGUCGGAUCCCGCUACAACCCCGUCAACAACGAGAUCAAGAUGAGCUGCGAAAAGUUCCAAGAUCGCUCCCAAAACUUCAAGUGGUUGUCCGAUACCCUUGACAAGCUGAUCAACGAGGCCAAGAAGGAGCCCGAGACUGUGAGCGAUGUGCCCCUCGACUUGCGCCAUGCUGCCAGGAGCAUCAAGCCCAAGGUCCGUUUCCCCAAGGAGUGGAACCGUCCCGUCGCCAACAAGACCGCAUAA